AUGAGCUGGCGCACGACAAAUAAAACACUACAAAUUCUUGAAGGUGCGGAAAAGGCUCGAUAUGGCAUUCUAGCAGCAAUUGCCUAUAACGUCGAACACAUCACAGUCUUUGUUCAUGCAGCAGAAAGUAGAAGGUUGCCGUUAAUCAUUCAAUUUUCCCCCUUGGCAUUGAUUCAAGCAUCAUCGCUUGUUCACGCAGCUGCAGCUGCAGCAAAGGCAGCCUCUGUUUCCAUUUCCCUUCACCUAGAUCAUGCGCAGAACUACGAUCAAAUUAAACAUAUAGCGGAUAAUUUACCAUUUGAUUCAAUCAUGGCAGAUAUGAGCCAUUAUGAGAAGGAGGAAAACCUAGAAAGAGCGGCGGCUUUGCGCGAAUAUUGUCACGCCAGGUGGAUAUCGGCAGAGGCAGAGACCGGGCGGAUCGAAGGUGGUGAGGAUGGAAUUAUGGACACGGGAGACUUAGAAGAAGAUGUAGAAGACUUCUUAAGUGCCGGUGUUGACUAUCUAGCUCCAAGCGCCGGCAACCUUCACGGUGAUUAUAGCCCUAGAAGGGCCGCAACUAGAUAUGGACCGGACGUCGCUAAACUUAAUAAUUGCCUCAGGCUUCAAGGGGUUUCCCAAGCACUCAACGGACGUGCCCGUUUAGUGUUGCACGGAACGAACGACUCUUCCCCGGAGUUAGCGAAAGCGUGCAUUCGAGCAGGGGUCACCAAGUUUAACGUCAAUAAGCUUGUGACUGACGAGGGAAUCAAGGUCCUCGCGCGAUCAAUGGAGCGAUGGAUGGACAUUAUGGGUAGCAGCGGAAAGGCAUAG